UAUGUCCGCUGGGGCUAAGCCCAGGCUUGGCUGUGAGUGCGCAAGUGCUGUGGGGGGCCCUCUAGCCAGUUUUGUGUUUCUCUCUGAGUCAGGACCAAGCCCAAGCCCCCCCACCAGCAGGUGACUGUGAAGAGCUGCCACCAUGUUCUUCUCUCAAGGUGGCUGUGCUUUGGGUACGAAGUAUGUCAGUAAUGGGUGAAGUCAGUUUUAUUCCACCCAGUUCUUCCUUUUUGCUUCCCCUUCGGGGAGUGUCCUCAACCUUGGAGCAGAAGACCAAAAGCAAAGCACGACAAACAUAUGUUCUAUCACUGCAGCUGGCUGCAGCCAAAGCAUUAUUCAAUCUGGACUGCUGGGCCGUCUAACUUGAAGCCACUUGGUUAUCACUUCUAUGCUUGGCUGCUUUCACAUGUGUUAGAGUUGAAGUCCAGUUGCAGCUUUGUGCCAACAGAUUCUGGAGGCUGUUUAUUCCUUCUUGGUACGCUGAUAGCACUUCAACUGUCAGCCUCUCAGUGUUACGAUGUACCCAGCCGGUCCAGGAUCUGGUGACUCUCCGGAGGGCUUCCCUGAACAACCAAGGCUUCAGCCACAAAUCGGAAGUUGCACAGCGCAGACACUGGAUGCUUUCUUCACAUGUCGGAAAAAUGCCCUCCUGGCAAAGAGCACAUCCCCCCAGUUAGAGGGCGACUUUGCCAUGGCCCCUCGGGGUGCCGAGCAGGAGGAGUGUGAAGGCCUACUGCAGCAGUGGCGAGAAGAAGGGGCGAGCCAGGUGCUCUCAGCUGCGAGCGAAGGCCCCCUGGCUGACAAGGGGCUGGCGCAGAGCAGCCUGGCUCUGCUGAUGGAGCCUCCUGGAGAACAUGGCACUGCUGCGGAGGAUCAGUGGUCCAGCCGGCAGCUGAGCGACCUGCGGGCAGCCGAGAACCUGGAAGAGCCUUUCCAAACCGAGGGUCUGGGAGAAGAGCCACUGCCCGAGGCUGAGGGCACCAUGUGGGCGGCUGUUCCCAUGCAGACAGGACCCCAGUAUGUAGACUGUGCUGUACUCCCAAUGGGUGCACCCCCGACUGCUGAGCAGUGGGAAGAGGACCCUGCUGUGGUGGCUUGGAGCAUUGCCCCUGAGCCUCUGCCCCAGGAGGAGACCCCCAUGUGGUCCUUUGACGGCUUGGGGCAAUUACAGCCGCCCCCGAUGGAAAUACCAUAUCAUGAAAUAUUGUGGCGCGAAUGGGAGGAUUUCUCCACGCAGCCAGACCCGCAAGGCCUGGAGGCCGGGGAUGGCCCUCAGUUCCAGUUCACCCUGAUGUCCUAUAACAUCCUGGCCCAGGAUCUGAUGCAGCAGAGCUCUGAGCUCUACCUGCAUUGCCAUCCCGACAUCCUCAGCUGGAGCUACCGCUUCGCUAACAUCAUGCAGGAGUUCCAGCACUGGGACCCAGAUAUCCUGUGUCUCCAGGAAGUCCAGGAAGAUCACUACUGGGAGCAGCUGGAGCCCUCCUUGCGGAUGAUGGGUUUUACCUGUUUCUAUAAGAGGAGGACGGGGUGUAAAACGGAUGGCUGUGCCGUGUGCUACAAGCCCACCAGAUUCCGCCUGCUCUGCGCCAGCCCUGUGGAGUAUUUCCGGCCGGGCCUGGAGCUCCUCAAUCGGGACAACGUGGGCUUGGUGUUGCUGCUGCAGCCGCUGGUGCCAGAAGGCCUGGGGCCCGUCUCUGUGGCCCCACUAUGCGUGGCAAAUACCCACGUCCUAUACAAUCCACGCCGUGGUGACGUGAAGCUGGCCCAGAUGGCCAUUCUCUUGGCCGAAGUGGACAAGGUGGCCAGGUUGUCAGACGGCAGCCACUGCCCCAUCAUCUUGUGUGGGGACCUGAAUUCCGUCCCCGAUUCGCCUCUCUACAACUUCAUCAGGGAUGGAGAGCUCCAGUACCACGGGAUGCCAGCCUGGAAGGUGUCUGGGCAGGAAGACUUCUCCCACCAGUUUUACCAGAGGAAGCUGCAGGCCCCCCUGUGGCCCAGCUCCCUGGGCAUCACGGAUCGCUGUCAAUAUGUCACAUCCUGCCAUCCCAAGAGAGCAGAGAGACGGAAGUACAGCCGAGACUUCCUGCUGCGCUUCCGCUUCUGUGACAUCGCCUGUCAGCGACCAGUUGGGCUGGUUUUCAUGGAAGGAGUGACAGACACUAAGCCAGAGCGACCCGCUGGUUGGGCCGAGUCCGAGUCUAUCCUUGAGGAAGACACACCUGACCUUGAGCCAGUCUUCCCCAGGACCACAGGCACCCUCCAGCACUGCCUACACCUGAGCUCGGUGUACACCCAUUUCCUGCCCCAGCACGGGCGUCCAGAAGUGACCACCAUGCCCUUGGGGCUGGGAGCCACGGUGGAUUACAUCUUCUUCUCAGCAGAGUCCUGUGAGAAUGGAAACAGAACUGAUCCCAGGCUGUAUCGAGAUGGAACUCUCAAGCUCCUGGGCCGCCUCUCCCUCCUCUCGGAAGAGAUCCUGUGGGCCGCCAACGGCUUACCCAACCCCUUCUGCUCUUCUGACCACCUCUGCCUGCUAGCCAGCUUCGGGAUGGAAGUCACCGCCCCAUGAUGGGCUCCCAGGGGACGAGCUCAGCGGAUCAGAGACUUUGGAAAAUACCCCAUGCUUCUGGAAACUUCGUCCCCACUGCCCUUCCCUGCUGCUCCCUGCCUCCCAUGGUUAGGUUUUCUCCAGGCCUGCCCACGCUCUCUGCCUCUGGUCCCUGUCCCAACCUCUUCCUGAUCCUGUGCCACACACUCAGUGCGUGGCCCCGGGAGGGGCAGAAGGGGGAGGGGGUCUCCCCUUCCUUCUAUGUAUCCAGCACUCCGCCUUGAUUUUUAAUUACCAGGGUUGCGGGA